AUGAUAGAUUUUAACAGGGAGAAGUUGGAAGAAGAGCAUCAGGUUCUUGCUGUGAAUGAUGUACCUUCAAAGGAGUGUAGCAGCAUCCCCAGGCAGAAGCAUGUUGGUGGAAGAAGAGGAAUUAUUCCUCUUACUCUGUUUUUAUCCUUCAUGGAGGAUGUUCGCCUGGAUCUCAUCUGGGUGGGCUUGAGUCUCCUUCAGGGAAGGAGUUGGGAAGAACGAGAGGGCUGUACUAAGCAGACGGCACGCAAGUCAAUGGGUGGGAAGGCGCCCUGUAAGCAGCUGGCCACCAAGGCAGUUCAAAAGAGUGUGCCAGCCUCGGGCAGUGUGAAGAAGACACACCGCUACCAGCCUGACACCAUGGCGCUGCGCGAGAUCUGCUGCUACCAGAGGUCCACCGAGCUGCUCAUCCACAAGCUGCCGUUCAAGCGGCUGAUGCAUGAGAUUGCGCAGGACUUCAAGACUGACCUGCGCUCCCAGAGCUUGGCUGUUGUGGCACUGCAGGAGGCGUGCAAGGCCUACCUGGUGGGGCUCUUCGAGGACAGCAACCUCUGUGCAUUCCCCGCCAAACGCAUCACCAUUAUGCCCAAUGUCAUCCAGCUGGCGUGA